AUGUCGGAUUCCUCAGAUUCACCCUCGUCAGACAGAGCCCUUCCCAACAUUCUCAUAACAGGCACUCCGGGUACAGGCAAAACUUCUCUUGCUGAAAUAUCGGCGCAAGCAACCGGAUUGACUCACAUCGAUGUCAGCGCUCUUGUAAAAGAAAAUUCACUUCAUUCAGGAUACGAUGAAGAGUUCGAUACGCUUAUCCUCGAUGAUGAUAGGCUAGUGGACGAGUUGGAAGAGAAAGUAAGUCAAGGGGGCAAGAUUGUGGAUUUCCACUCGUGUGAAGUUUUUCCCGAGCGGUGGUUUGACCUUGUGUUGGUUUUGCGAACCGACAAUACUAUUUUAUACGAUCGGCUGGUGGAGAGAGGAUACAAUCAAAACAAAAUUACUGAAAAUAUCGACUGUGAAAUAUUUCAAGUCGUAUUAGAGGAAGCGCGCGAAUCAUAUCCCGAAGAGAUUGUCGUUGAAUUGCAAAGCAAUUCUGUACAAGACAUGGAGAGUAAUCUGUCAAGGAUACAACAAUGGGCGAAUAAUUGGAUGGCGGAUCGAACAGGUCAUUGA